AUGUGCGCGGCGGAGGUGGACCAGCACGUCGCGCAGAAAUACCUACUCAAGCGGCGUCUGGGGAAGGGGGCCUAUGGCAUCGUAUGGAAGGCAGUAGAUCGGAGAACUGGAGAGGUUGUGGCCAUCAAGAAAAUCUUUGAUGCCUUUAGAGACAAGACUGAUGCCCAGAGAACGUUCCGGGAGAUCGUGCUCCUCCAGGAGAUUGGGGACCAUCCCAACAUCAUCCGCCUCCUCGAUGUGAUCCCUGCAGAGAACGACAGGGACAUCUACCUGGUGUUUGAGUCUAUGGACACUGACCUGAACGCAGUCAUCCGGAAGGGCAAGCUGCUGAAGGACAUCCAGAAGCGUUACAUCUUCUACCAGCUCCUGCGGGCCACCAAGUUCAUCCACUCAGGGAAUGUCAUCCACCGGGACCAGAAGCCAUCCAAUGUCCUCCUGGACGCCAACUGCUUGGUGAAGCUCUGUGACUUUGGCCUUGCUCGCUCCCUGAGUCAGCUCCCUGAGGGGCCUGGCCAGGCCCUGACGGAGUAUGUGGCCACACGCUGGUACCGGGCCCCAGAGGUGCUGCUGUCCUCAUGCCGGUACACCCCUGGGGUAGAUAUGUGGAGUCUGGGCUGCAUCCUGGGGGAGAUGCUUCGUGGGAGGCCCCUGUUCCCUGGCUCCUCCACCCUCCACCAGCUGGAGCUGAUCCUGGAGAGUGUGCCGCUGCCUUCAGAGGACGACUUCCAGGCUCUCGGCUCAGGCUACAGCGCUUCUGUUCUGCACCGCCUGGGGGCCCGGCCACGGCAGACGCUGGACGCCCUUCUGCCGCCGGACACCCCCCCGGAGGCCCUGGACCUGCUCAGGCGGCUCUUGGUGUUUGCGCCUGACAAGCGGCUCAGCGCGGCCCAAGCCCUGCAGCACCCCUACGUGCAGAGUUUCCACUGCCCGGCCCGCGAGUGGACACUGGAGGCGCAUGUGCGGCUUCCGGUGCGUGAGGGAGAGCAGCUCUCGGCCCCCGAGUAUCGCAGCCGGCUCUAUCAGAUGGUCCUGGAGCGGAGGGGCGACAGGCACGUCCAGAGACAGGCGGGCCUGGGGAGCGCGCCGCCGGGGGGAAGGCCGAGGGCCUCCGGGCCCCGGGAGCACCGGCUAGAGCCCGGACCUGUCCCGCAGCUCCCCUCGGGGGUGCCUGCGCAGAGCUCCGGAGCGAGGCCGCGGAGCAGCAGCGCUCACGACCCUGCGCACGAAACCCCCGGCGGAGCCAAGAACAUUCCCAGACAGACCUUGGCCCUCUUGCUCCAGCCUCCGCUCCCAGGAGCCUUCGGGAGGGGGAGAAGGCCCCCCGGGGUGGCGGCGGAGUCCUCGUCUGCACUCUCGUGGAUGAAGCUCCGCGUCAAGGGGGCUGUGCCCUCCCUGACCUCUCAGGCGGCGGCGGAGGUGGCUAACCAGGCGCUGAUACGGAGGGAGCGCACCCCGGGCCGUGGGGUGAAGGCGGCUGGAGCCCCACGGGUGAGCCCGCUCCAGCCCGGGCCCCGGCCGGGCCGGAAGAUGUUCUCCUUCUCCACCUUGCAAGGGGCCCAGGGCGCCGCGAGGGCCUCGCUCGGGGGCUACUCCCAAGACUACGGAACCGUCUGCCUCUCGGCGCUGGGCCGCCUGCCCCUGCCCCCGGGACCCCGCGCGUGA